GUCUGUACUACAACUACACCGUUGUAGGUAAUCAUUUUAUGUACAUUGUUAAGGAAAGCGUCUAUCGUGGUAUCGUGAAACGUCUAUAGUUUAUUGUUUUUGUCUCGAAGCGUUUACUGUUGAGCAAUUUUGCUUGUCCUGUCACCCGUCAUAUUUAUCGCCAUUCUGGACGCCAUUUUUAGUCGAUUAAACAUUGUUUAAUUUGAAUUUCAAUUGUCUUCUAAUUUGUGUAGACAUAUUAUAAUUAAGAUAAUCCUGACUAGACGUAAUUUAAUUUUAAAGCUCAAACACCAUAAUCAAAAAUGUCUGGUGAUGAAGAAGCAUCCAAAUCAUUACCGUCCACAUCUGAAACCAACAACAUUACAGAGUCAACUGAACAGAAUACAGAAGAUGCAGAAGGUGGUGUCAAUACCAAUGCCGGUGCAUUAGAAGUUACUGAUGAUAAAGCUGCAGCUGCUGAUGAAUACAUUCGUCUACGCGUAAUAACUAGCGAUAUGACCAAUGAGGUGCACUUCCGUGUAAAGGCUGCCACAGCCUUGGUUCGCCUGAAGCGCUCGUACUGCAGCAAGUUGGGUUUUCAGGUGGGCGAGUUGCGUUUUGUGUUUGAUGGUCAUCGAAUCACUGACGAUGAUACCCCGAAAAAGCUAGGUAUGAUCAAUGACGAUGUCAUAGAAAUUUACCAAGAAAGAACUGGUGGUGGCAUUUAAUAUUUGUAAACAUAAGUUAAUUAUUCUGACCGACAGUUAUUUGUUUUUAAUCAUAAUUAUUUAUGUAUUGUAAAUGAAAAUAAAGGUUUUUAAUUGAUUCUCCUUUAUCUACAUCUGUAGUUAAUUUAAAUGACCAUCGAUUAUUAAACUGUGUUAUAUUUAACUGAAGUUUAAAUAAAUUUCCAAUUAUUAAAUUAAAAAAUGUAAAUUAAACAAAUGUCAAAAACCACAUUUUAUUUUUCAUUAUUUUUUAUGUAUUUAAGAUUAAUAUAUCUGAACUAAUAAUUUGUUAUAAAUACAUACAAUAAAAAUCAAUUAUAUGUUUAAAUAAAUUGUCCAUAACAUAAUUAAAUUUCUGUAUCUAAAAUACUAGUAACUUUCAAAUAACGAUCUACUAAUUGUAGAGGUAGGUAAUACAAUUUAAGUUCCUUUUCCUAUAUUUUUUUUUUUCAAUAAUUAAGCCAAUAUUAAAUAAUAAUUAAUAAUAUUUUGUAUUUAAUGUAGAUAUUAUUAUUUUACCUAUUAACUUGUGUAGUUUUUACUUCAUUGUAUUCUAUUACAGUACCUAAUGUAAAAUGUGGCAGAAACAAAUUUAAACUACCUAAUAAGGUAGUACAUGCUAAGGAUUAUGAUUUACCUACUUACUAGUUAAACUUAAAUCUGAAUGUUUUUUUUAUAUUUGUUAAGAUAAUAUAAAUAUUUUAUUAGUUAGCAUAUUUAAUUACUUUUAAAUGUAGGUAUUUAUAACUAAAGAAUAAAUUUAUACUGUUCAAAUAUGAAUUGAUAAUCAGAUGCAUAAUUUAUGUCUACAGUUUAACUAUCAUGAUUCUGUUUAAGAAACAUUUAAAAUAAAUACAUUUAUUAACUAAUUUAAUUAUUACUAUUUAAUUACUUAUCUAAUAAAUAUAAAAUCAAUAAGAUCAUUAA